CUUGAACGGCGUUUGUACAUUUGUUUCUUGAGAGUUGAGUUGAAGUGAUGUAUACUCCGUAGUUGAGGCUUGAUAUACCCGUCGAUUCAUGUUUACCUACUCAACCAGGGCUAUUUCUAUAGAAUUUCCUCGUAUAUAUGGAAAUAUUCAAUCCAUAUUAGACUUGACUAUUUCUAUAGAAAAUAAAUUAAAAGAGAGAGAGAAAGAGAGAGAAAGAGAGAGAAAGAGAGAGAGAGAGAUGAAAACAAGGCCGUAUCUGAUACGCAGUGGUGGCAGAAGACGAAGGCGGUCAGCGCAGAGCUUACUGGAGAGCUCCCGGGCACGGCGUCUGUUGGCACCAUCACCAUCGCCGUCUUCUUCCCCAUCUUCUCUUGUCCACGACUGGGGUUUGCUCUCUCUUGAUACAUUCCCUUCUUAUCAGCAUUUUGCUUUACAUAGAUUGUUGAGCUAAACCGCCCAUCAUGUCCGCAUACGAUAGACAUAUCACGAUUUUCUCGGACCAGGGACGUCUGUAUCAAGUCGGUACGUCAGCCUCUUCCUUCGCCGAUGAUAAAUGAAUUGUUAUCGGCGUGAUGAACUCAACCCCUCCGACCUGAGCUCUGUUGUUGACACCG